UAAACUCGAGAAACAAGUGGAGUAAAGCAGUGGCGCAAGCAAGGGAGAAGGAAGAACAGAUUGCUUGUGGGAUUCGCCGGCGAGUUCAAUCGGCGAGGGAGACGGAGGGGAGUCUGAUCGGUGCGGUGAUGGGGGUGAGGGAGCCGGUGGCGAUGGAGAUACCGGUGGACGAGGGGGCGGCGGCGAGGGUGCCGCCGCGGAUCAGGAGGAGGCUGCUCGAGGGCAGGACCAGCGGCGGCGGCGGGCCGGCCAGCGCCGAGGAAAUCGACGCCAAGCUCAAGGAGGCCGACCACCGUAGGCAGCAAUUCUACGAUUGGUUAUCCUGCAAAGCAAGGAAGAAGCCACGGAGCCCAUCGUGCUCAUCUCAAGAGGAAGAUUACGGACAGUGCCUUGAAGCCAAGCUUCUGGCAGCUGAGCAGAAAAGGCUAAGCCUCUUGGCAAAGGCACAGAACCGGUUAGCCAAGUUGGAUGAACUCCGACAAGCAGCCAAAAAUGAUGUGGAAAUGCGGAUUGAGAAGGAGAAGGAAGAACUUGAGACUAGAGUCGAGACUCGGGUUCGGCAGGCAGAGGAAAACCGUAUACGCCUUCUGCAUGCAGAUAUGCAGAGGCGGGCUGCACUAAAGAAUAGAACAGAGAGGUCCCUCGUGCAGAAGGCGACAUCUGAGAGCAAGUAUACAGAGCGGGUGCGAUCUGCUAUCCUGGAAAAGCGUGCUGCUGCUGAGAAGAAACGGCUGGCGUUGUUGGAAGCUGAGAAGAGGAAGGCUCAUGCUCGGCUCAUGCAUAUUCAACGAGCGGCCAUGACUGUAAGCAGCCAGAGAGAAGCAGAGAGGAUUAAAUUGAAAGAACAUCUUGAAAGCAAACUUCAGAGGGCCAAGAGGAAGAGAGCUGAAUAUUUGAAGCAGCGAGGAGGUCCAUGCAGUUCUGCUCAUGCCGACUACAUCAAGCAUGCAGAUUUUCUUUCAAGAAAGCUUGCAAGGUGCUGGAGAAGUUUUGUGAAGUCCAGGAAGACAACACUUGCCUUAUCUCAAGCUUAUGAUGCUUUGGGAAUUAAUGAAAAAUCUGUGAAGUCAAUGCCAUUUGAGGAAUUAGCUAUGCUGAUGGGAUCUCCCACAGCUCUUGAGGCUACUAAGGCAUUACUUGACCGGUUCGAGAGGCGUGUGACUCUUUGUCAGUCAGCAAGUUCAUCAUCUGCAGAAAAUAUUGACCAUCUGCUGAAACGCCUUGUGACUCCAAAGAGGAAGGUACCUCCGAGUAGAGACGGAAGAACAAGGGCUGCAGCAAAAAGGCCAGCCAGAACUUCUGAAACAAGCAGGUUGUCUAGAUAUUCACUGAGGGUGGCACUCUGUGCUUACAUGAUCCUGGCUCAUCCUAGUGCUGUUUUAAGUGGAGAUGGUGAGCAAGAGAAGCUACUCAUGGAGUCAGCAGCAAACUUUGUCAGGGAGUUUGAGCUGCUGGUUAAGACAAUACUCGAGGGACCGGGAAGAACCUCAAGGCAGCCAUCUCUUGAUGCUACUGAAUCAUCUAGUUGCCAGAAGUCUUAUGAUGUUGCCGGUCAAAGUAAAUUCAAAACUCGGCUGGUUAAUUUUGACAAAGCUUGGUGCACCUACCUUUACAGAUUUGUGGUGUGGAAAGUAAAAGAUGCAAGAUCAUUGGAGGGUGAUCUUGUUAGGGCUGCAUGCAAGCUUGAGCUGUCAAUGAUGCAAACAUGCAAGUUAACUGCCGACGGGCGGUCACACAACCUCACCCAUGAUAUGAAGGCCAUUCAGAAGCAGGUUUCUGACGAUCACAAACUCUUAAGGGAGAAGGUUCAGCAUCUGAGUGGUGAUGCAGGGAUUGAGCGGAUGGACUCUGCUCUCUCAGAUGCAAGGUCAAAGUUCUUUGAAGCAAAAGUGAAUGGAAGUCCAUUGGCGACACCUGUUGCAAACGUAUCUACUCCUCUGAGCAUUAAUUCAUCUGGAAAGCUCCCGCCUUCUGAGGUUAAUGUUAGUUCUGAAACAGCAUCAAGCAGCACAUCACCAGUGAAUCUGCCUACAGAGAAUGAGCAGAUGGUCAAUGAGAUGCUUCAUGAGGACGGUGGUGCGAUUGCUGGCAAUUCUAAUGAUGCCCGCACCAUCGAGAAGGAUUUCCAAGACAAAGUGAGGGAAACAAUGGAGAAAGCUUUCUGGGAUGUGGUUACUGACUCAAUGAGAGGAGACAAACCUGACUACAGCCAACUGAUCAACCUGGUAAAGGAAGUGAGGGAUUCGUUGCACGACUUGGCUCCCAAGGGAUGGAAGGAGGAAAUCUAUGAGAACAUUGACCUCGAAAUUUUGUCCCAGGUACUCGAGUCAGGCUCCCAGGACACCCAAUAUCUGGGGCAGAUUUUGCAGUACUCUCUGGCUAUGGUCAGAAAGCUGUCUGCUGCUGCAAAGGAUGAUGAGAUGAAGGCAAGUCAUGACAAAUUAUUGAGCGAGUUGGCUGCAAGUUCUGAAGAUAAUGAUAAUGGAGUCAGCUCGUUUGUCAUUGCUGUCAUCAAGGGUCUGCGUUUCACUCUGGAAGAAAUAAAGCAACUGCAAGUAGAAGUGAGCAAGGCAUAUGUUCAGCUGAUGCAACCGAAGAUAAAAGGCUCGGCUGGAGUGGAGUACCUGCAGAAGGCUUUCGGCGAUCGCUAUGGACCUCCUGCUAAUGCGUCAGCUUCUCUCCCUGUAACUCUGCAGUGGAUUUCAGCAUCAAAGAGCAUCAUGGACGCAGAAUGGAGGGAACAUCUGGGCUCCCUUUCAGUUCUGCCAGCAGCAAAUCAUGCUCAGCCCCUUGUUACAGUGCUCCGAGCUGGCCAAGGAGCUCCACCAGCUUCUGUACCUUCAGCAGGCAGUUCAGGUUCACCUGAGUGCAAGGGAGAAAAGGUUGACAAGCUUGUGAGGGUUGGCUUGUUGCAGCUUAUCAGUGGUAUGGAGGGCUUGCAAUUGCAGUCAACUCCUGAGAGCUUCCACCUUAACUUUCUGAGAUUGAGGGCCGUGCAGGGCCAAUUUCAAGAAGUGAUUGUAAUUUCUACGGGCAUGCUCGUCCUGCGUCAAGUCCUGAUGAGUGAGAAUUCUAAGAUCACUCCUCCGGAGCUGGAGACUGUCAUCUCAGAACUCUUCGGCGCUCUGGUGAAGCUGCUGGAUAACUCCCCCGAAGCAGGCACUGAAGAGAUCGUGGAGGCGAUGAUGAGCGCGUCGGCCUCAGCCGGCUCUUUGUCGGACGCCAAGAUUCAGGCCAGGAGGCAGAUAAUAACCCGGGUGGUCCUCAAGAGCCUCCAAGCGGACGACGUCGUCUUCAAGAAGGUCUCCCGGGCGGUCCACUGCGCCUUCCGUGGCGUCCUCCUCGGCGGCAGCGGUGCCAAGGGCCAGAAGCUAGUGGAUGCAGCCCUACGCCGCAUCGGCGCGGGGAAGCUCGCUGACCGUGUGGUGAAGGCGGCUGAAGUGCUCAUCAGGGUGGCCACGGUCUCGGAGAAGGUCCACGGCCCGUGGUACAAAGCGCUCUCCUGAAUGUGAAUAUAGCUUUACUUUGGUUGGUUCUGUGAAUACACACGUUGGGUCGGUUGUAAAUUCUUGUCCCGCUGGAUGAGGUGGGAAGAAGUCAUUGUACAGAAAUUAAUUACUAGUUCAGGAUGUUAAAAAUUCUUGGUGUAGGGCAAAAAUCAGCUCCAGAAUUUAGUCAGGGCCCGGAGAUGCUCAAUGGCACCUGGUGACCCGUGUUAUGCCAAUGAUGGUGCAGUCGCUGUAAUAGACAGAACUCGAUAAUGUGAUUAUUAGUUGUCUAUAUGAUGUAAAUAUACUUCGUUUGUUUGA